CACUAUUUAAGACAAAGAAGGAGGAUUAACUAAUUCUUUGGGGGCUAUAGUUGGUCAUACCAAGAGGAGCAAGAUGCAUACUCACAGCAUUUGGCGAGCGGGUCUCCUGGUGUCCAUCUUGUGUGUCGCUUUGACCGUGGCCCAAUUUCCUCGGGAGUGCGUCACCCCAGAAGGGCUUCGCAGCGGCCAGUGUUGUCCCUCCCUGUCAGGCCAAGCAGGGGAUGAGUGUGGCUUCAGCACGGGACGGGGUCAGUGUGUAUCCAUUGCUGCAGACAACCGGCGCCAUGGACCCCAGUACCCGUACGCGGGGCGAGAUGAUCGAGAGAGGUGGCCUCUGCGAUUCUUCAACCGCUCUUGUCAGUGCAACGGGAAUUUCAGCGGCUACAACUGUGGGCGAUGUCGACAUGGACUGACUGGACCAAAUUGUGACCAGAAGAUCUCUGUGGUGAGGAGAAAUUUAAUGCAAAUGAGUGCCACUGAGAAGCAAGCAUUUAUCAACUCUCUGGACCAGGCAAAGAGGACCAUCCACCCCGACCUUGUCAUCUGUACAAGACGCUACCAGGAGAUAUUUGGUCCGGAUGGCAACACACCUCAGUUUGAGAACAUCACCAUUUACAACUACUUUGUGUGGAGCCAUUACUACUCCGUCAGUAAGACCUUCCUGGGCCCGGGCCAGGCCAGCUUCGGUGGAGUCGACUUUUCCCACGAGGGCCCCGGCUUUGUCACCUGGCACCGCUUUCAUUUGCUGCAACUGGAAAGAGAUAUGCAAGACAUGCUGGGUGAUUCCUCUUUCGCCCUGCCCUACUGGAACUUUGCAAUCGGUGGCAGCGAUUGUGACAUUUGCACCGACGACCUCUUAGGAGCUAGGAGCUCCUUCGACAUGAACUCCAUCAGCCCCAACUCGGUGUUCUCCCAGUGGAGAGUGGUCUGCGAAAGCGUGGAAGACUACGACGCGUUCGGCACCGUCUGCAACAAUACGGAAACUAGUCCCAUCAGGAGGAACCCGGCGGGCAAUGUGGCACGGCCCAUGGUGCAGAGGUUGCCCGAGCCUCAGGACGUGUUGGACUGUCUGCAACUCAACACCUUUGACACCCCACCUUACUAUUCCACCUCCUCCGAGAGCUUCAGGAACUCCAUUGAAGGCUAUAGUGCUCCCCAGGGGCCGUAUGAUCCGGUGAUCCGCAGCCUCCACAACCUGGCCCACCUCUUCCUCAACGGCACAGGCGGCCAAACUCACCUCUCCCCUAAUGAUCCCAUCUUCGUCCUGCUGCACACAUUCACUGAUGCGAUCUUUGAUGAAUGGCUCAGUAGGCACCAACCAGGCGAGAUAGUCUAUCCUGAGGAGAACGCUCCAAUUGGACACAACCGUCAGUUCAACAUGGUUCCUUUUUGGCCUCCUAUCACAAACGCAGAGAUGUUUGUGUCCGCCCCAGAAAAUCUGGGCUACUCCUACGAGGUCCAGUGGCCAGUUCGCGCCUACACACUGUCUGAGAUCAUCACCAUCGCCAUCAUUGCGGCGGUGCUGGUCGUGGCAGUGAUGGGCGGAGUCAUUGCCUGUGCGGUGCGAGCCCGAUCCUACCGCUCGGCUGAGGCCUUGGAGCCGUUGUUGGGGGAAACCUUCCGGAGAUACUCAGAAGAUGACAGGAGAUUGGAUAAAUCACAGUCUGUUGUCUAAAUCAACGCCUUUAUAAAGAGGCCUUCACAUGUUUAAGCAUUUUUUUAAGAACGCUCCCCCUGCAAUGUCUUUUAAUAAAGUAUCACUGAACAAAUA